AACUAACCGAAUGAGCUGGACUAUCAGUGCAGCGGGCCGUUGGCAAACACUGCAACGGACCGCUAGCGAACAAGAUGCACAGUCCCUUGGCCAGACUUUGCUCAUACCGUCAAGUUCUUACACAACCAUAACCGAGAGCUCAUAUACGUCCUUCGCACAUUCCAUAUUCAUGGAGAUAUGUUCGACUGGACUAGUGAGCGCCACAAGGCCCCCGAUAUACGAGUCCAGGCAGCCUCACGGUUCUUAUUCAUCACGAAUCACCUCCUUCGCAAACACACCAAAGGAGGCAUUUUCCAACGUCUGAUCAAGAUUGAUACGCUCGUUACACGUUUGUGUGACCUAGAAACCUCUGAGCCCCGCGAUACGGUAUUCGCUCUGAUCUCACUUUCGCACGACGGCUCCGCUUCCAACAGUCUAGUUCCGAACUACACUAAGACCUCUUGCGAAGUCUUUGUAGACUUUGUUUGGUAUGUGAUAUCCUCAAGCCAGUCCAUGGACAUCAUCCUACGCCCUUGGGCCCCGCGAACCGUGAGCGUGCCUUCAUGGAUCCUACGCACAGGCGCAUCAGACCAGUCGAGGCUCAUGUUCCAGGACAAAACGCUUAAUGGUAUACACAAUCACGAGAUCCAUUCAAACCCUCUCUACGCCGCAAGUGGGCGGUCGAGCCCUUCCUGUAGGAUCUAUCGUCACGCCUCGUCAUACGCGCUGGAGACGAAAGGCUUCAUCAUUACGUCUGUGCGACAAACCCGGGGCGAUGCAGUUCACGGCGACGUUCCGAUUAGUUGGGGAGCGCUGGCAUAUAGAGAAAAGUUAUGGUCCUUCCUCAUUGGUGGCAAGACAUUAGAAGGUCUCCCGCCUCCAGAAACAUGGCGCGCCAUUUGUGAGACAGUCUUCGCCGAGGGCAAACAUUACUGGAAGCAAGGAACGCAUGAUAUUCCAGUCCAUCUGACUGAACUGAUUGAUGCGAUUAAUGGGUCAGCUCAUGACGAAUCUAGACUGUCCAAAGCUUUUCUUGCUUCCUUCCCACAGACGGAGAAUCUUCUGCCUUUCUUGGAGGGAUUGCGAACUUGCACAUGGAACAGACGCCUGGUGGAAAUUUCAACAGGAAAUUGGGGUCUUGCACCUCUCAGCACACGCCGAAGAGAUAUUGUCUGCAUCCUCAUGGGCUGUAGCUUGCCUGUAGUGCUGAGGCCCAAAGGUGACCUCUUCACCAUCGUCGGAGCAGCAUACAUGCAUGGUAUGAGCGAUGGAGAGGCAAUGGAAGGCUUGCGAGAGGGGAAGUUCGCGUUGCGGGAUUUUGUUCUUGUGUAGGGCACGAUACCGGGUCUUGAAGAGAAGGGCAACAUGCGAGAGAAAACACUGUUGAUGUAGGCAUCGUAUCUCCCAUUUCAUUCUCAUAUAUCUUCGC